AUGUUGAGAGUGAUGACGGAGGUGGAAGAGGAAGAGGAAGAGGAAGAGGAAGAGGAAGAGGAAGAGGAAGAGGAAGAGGCGUACCUAAAGAAUCAACAACUAUUCAUAUACCGUCGCGAAGAAGAAUGCGUGCUGAUUGGCGAGCCUGGGAGUAACGAGGCCCGCUGCGUGCCUCGGGGUACAAAUGAAAUCAGUCCGGCAGAGUCGGGUAAUCUCUCGACCAUUUCGACACUGGCCACCCAACCGAGGGAGGCUGCGCACACUCUUACAAGUGUACGAACGCAAAGCCCCAGCGCGCCAGAGAUUAAUCUCGCAGCGUCGACCCCAGUUAGUCUCAAUCUCGAAUUACAGGUCUGCUUGUAUUUCAACGAUCUGCUCGCGGCCAAAUAUCUCAAACACUUCGAGAAUCAUGUCAGAGACAUCCUUCCGGCAUCGUUCCUACGAUUCGCAAAUGUUUCUCUCAAGUCGCCGAUCCUGACGUCUGCUCUCCUGUGUAUCUCGGCCUCCAAUCUCUCGAUGCUUGAUGCAAGUGUUCAGAGCCGGCACUUCUCCGAAGACAGGAUGUCUCUCUUCAGUCCCGUGGCUAAUCGUGAUCACCACCGACGGGCAGGACAAUAUCACGAUCUUACCCUCGAACACAGUGCGAUCGGUGGUGAUGUCCUUGAACUCUUGGUGGCUAGAGUUCUUCUUGCUUACUACCACCAUGCAUCGACAAACCAUCUUGACUUUCGCGCUGCGGUCUGGAACUGCACCGAUUUUGUUCUGCAACAUGAAACUAGCAUCCUAGCCAUGCCAGGCGGUCUAGAAGCGCUACAGCUAUGGUUUAGACUAUGCACAUCACACCGACCAGCAAAAUUACCCUCUUUGCUGCUCGAUGGGGAAGGGCCCAGUUGCUUUGGACCCAAUCUCGACACUCAAGGUAUUCCCGGUAGCCUACACCUCUCAUGUGUCAUUGGCAUGAAUGAGGAUGAUCUCAUUUAUGAUAUCUUGAUCAGGACGCUGGAGCUGAGAUCAAGGAUGGUUGUAUUCCACUGUAUUGCGGAUGUUUGUCAGGUCUCCCCAGAAUCGACGGACCUGAGCACCCUAGUGCACGUGAUGUUGACCGAAUUGCUGGGGAGAGGAUGCUCACCCGAAGAAUAUACUGAGGUUCGAGCCGGGUAUGUGCGUGGACGCCACCUCCUGGCUUUGCUGGAAAGCCAGAGAUCACGGUUGCGAGUCUGGGCUUCCCGACUCACCCCUCAGCAACAGCCGGAAGUCUCCGUGGCUCAGUAUGUGAGGCAUCAAGACGCAAUGAACGCGAUAUAUUAUCACCUCUGCGAACUUAUGAUUGAGGAGUCGCACGCCUGCGUCACCAAGAGUGUCUCUCGACCUUUCAUCGCCGGGGAAAGGCCUGCCAUGGCCGUUAUCGCGCAGAAGAUCUGCCGCAUUGUUGACAUGAUCGAUUUGACAGUAUCGAACGUUUCCGAUGUGUACACCUACAGUCUCGCCGAGGUAUUGCAGCAACUAGUUUCCUCAUGGCAGUCUGACAGUCUAUUUACUUAUGUCCUUGACGUUAUUUGGCCCCGUCUCGAAAUGAAUGGACGCGGUUUCGAGCAUUCGCACUACCCCACACAUCUAGCAAAGCGCACAAUUGCCUAUUGUGCUGAACAACAUAUCAAGCGCCGAAAAGUCAACUUCGCCAUACCAGCGGUGACGGAGCAGCUCCCAAAAUUGUCUCUGUUAAACAUCGAUCACACAAUAGCAUUGGUGGUUUGUGGGCAUGAUUUUGAGGGGAGGUCGUUCCUUCACAAAGCUUCACUAUCAUAG